AAAGCCCCUCCCCAUGUGAGCUGUUAAAAGAAGAAGAGCCUUUUUUCUUUACCUCAGGGAGGUCUACUAUUUUGCCUCUUCAGCAAACUGCUCUCGGUCACGGCAAUGGAGGCAAUGCUGAGACCUUUCUUCACUUCGCUCCUCUUCUCCCUCUUCAUACUUCACAUUUCAGUAGAGGCCUAUGGCACAACCAUAACGCUGUACAACAAGUGCAGCCACCCAGUCUGGCCAGGCAUACAACCCAGCGCAGGCAGGCCCAUCCUCGCCCGAGGCGGCUUCAAGCUCCCUCCGAACAAGUCCUAUCCCCUCCGCCUCCCCGCUCAGUGGUCCGGCCGCAUCUGGGGCCGCCACGGCUGCUCUUUCGAUGCCUCGGGUCAUGGCCGCUGCGCCACCGGAGACUGCGGAGGUGCUCUCUUCUGCAAUGGCCUCGGCGGUACCCCACCCGCCACCCUGGCCGAGAUCACCCUUGGCAAUGACCAGGACUUCUAUGAUGUUAGCCUUGUCGAUGGCUACAACCUUGCUAUAUCCAUUACACCCUUCAGAGGCUCAGGCAAGUGUAGCUAUGCAGGGUGUGUGAGUGAUCUGAACAUGAUGUGCCCAGUGGGACUUCAGGUGAGGUCCCAUGACAAGAGGAGGGUGGUGGCUUGUAAGAGUGCUUGCUCUGCAUUCAAUUCACCUAGGUAUUGCUGCACUGGGAACUUUGGGAGUCCUCAGUCCUGCAAGCCCACGGCUUACUCAAGGAUCUUCAAGGCCGCUUGUCCCAGGGCUUAUUCUUAUGCUUAUGAUGAUCCCACUAGCAUUGCCACUUGCACUGGUGGUAGCUAUUUGGUCACCUUCUGCGCUCACCAUUAGUUAUAACUGUCGCUGCUACUUUUGGGCUUUUGUCUAUCUUAUUAUACUGUGUUACUAGUUGAUGGUCUUGGUCAUGGGGAUGUUGUUGAUUUUGGUUUGGACAUGAUUAUGAGCUGUUUAUUAGGGCCAGUUAUAUAUUAAUAUUAACUUAUCUGGAAGUGUCUUCAGAAGUUACUACUUCUAUGUGUGAUACUAACACAGGUUGUUAAUUUAUUUAUCAAUGAUGUGCAUUUAAUUUGGAACUUAAUUUAGAGAUCUAAUGAAUGGGGG